AUGAGGAUUUCAGCGUGGAACUUCCGCGGGCUUGGGAACCGGUGGGCAGUUAGGGCAUUCUGGAUGCUCAUCCACUCCAAAGCUCGCGAUGUUUGUUUUGUUUCGGAAACUCGUUUAUUUGAGGCAGAAAUGUUACGACAGAGAGGGGUCGGGGGCCUUUUUAAUUUAUUUCCGGUCCGUUGUGCUGAUACUAUUCAUUCUCGUGCUGGUGGUUUGUGUUUGCUUUGGCGGGAGGGUAUUGAUGUGGGAAUUAUUAGCUCUUCUCUUAAUCAUAUUCGUUUCUUAGUGGUUCACCCUGAGUCUCAUGCCUAUAUGGAGUACCUUGCAGUUUAUGGCUUCCCUGAGGAGCGUAAUAAAAGGAGGACGUGGGAGAUGAUUCAGAAUUUGGAACUGGCAAGCUCUGUUCCUUGGUCUUGUUUUGGAGAUUUCAAUGAUAUCUUAUCGCCUGAUGAUAAACUGGGAGGAGACCCCCCAGAUUUGGGUCGUCUUCAGGAGAGAGCUUUAAUCCGCAGUCAGUGUGGCUUACAGGAGGUGGACUUCUCUGGGAAACGCUUUACGUGGACCAAAAAUAGAGAUCCUCCGGGUACUAUUGAGGAGCGGCUGGAUUUUUUUUUGAUAACAGAGGUGGGGAGUGCGUUGGAUGUGUGGGGAAGGGACACGUUUGGAGACUUGCCUAAGAAGAUCUCCGAUGCUAGGGUUCUUCUUCAACGUCUUCAGAGAAGUGUUCAGACUGAGGUGGUAUUACAGGAGGUUAGUGAGACAGAGAAGGUCUUGGAUGUACUUCUAGAGCAGGAAGAGAUAAUGUGGAGCCAACGCUCACGAGCUACUUGGCUUAGACAUGGGGACAGAAACUCUAGAUUCUUUCAUCAGAAAGCUUCGCAACGACGUCGGCGUAAUAUGAUUGAGUGCAUUCGGGAUGCUAAUGGAAGAAAGGUAGAGACAGAUGAGGAGAUCUCACAGGUGUUGACGACUUACUUUUUGGAUUUGUUUAAUAGUUCUAAUCCUUCGGGGAUAGAGGAUGCGGUGUCUCUAGUGGCGAACCAUGUAACACCAGUUCAGAAGGAAAUUCUUUUGACCCCGUUCUCUAAGGAGGAUGUGGAGGAGGCCCUCUUUCAGAAGCAUCCGACCAAGGCACCAGGUGCAGAUGGUCUCCCGGCUUUGUUCUACCAGAAGUUUUGGAACAUUAUUGGAGAUGAGGUCUCUCAGUUCUGCUUGCAAGUCCUUCAAGGAAACACUGAUCCAGGUAUGAUAAAUCAAACUUUGUUGGUUGUAAUUCCUAAAGUUAAAUCUCCAGAGCAUGCUAGUCAGUUUAGGCCAAUUAGCCUUUGUAAUGUAAUCUUUAAGAUUAUUACGAAGUGUCUUGCAAACAGAUUGAAAAUAAUUUUGCCAAAUUUAAUUUGUGAAACACAAAGUGCAUUUGUACCAGGUUGUCUCAUUACAAAUAAUGCGUUAAUUGCAUUCGAAUGUUUUCAUUUUAUGAAGAAAAGAUCUCAGAGCCGGAAUGGCAUCAUGGCGCUCAAACUGGAUAUGUCUAAGGCAUAUGACCAGGUUGAGUGGCCUUUCCUUCAGUCAGUUAUGGUUUCUAUGGGAUUCCCGCUUUGUUGGGUGAAUUUGGUGAUGAGAUGUGUCUCUUCUGUUAGCUUCUCCAUUUUGAUUAAUGGCAACAGGCAAGCCCCUUUUGCCCCUCAUAGAGGGUUGCGUCAAGGGGACCCUCUUUCGCCUUAUUUAUUUAUUUUAUGUGAAGAAGUCUUUUCAGCUAUGAUUAAUAAGGCUGUUUUUGAUUCCUCGUUACAUGGGGUUAAGGUUUCGCGCUCUGCGCCUGUUAUUUCUCAUUUACUGUUUGCAGAUGAUAGUGUAAUAUUUGCUCGGGCAGAUGUGCAAGAAGCUGAGUGUAUUAAAGGGAUUCUCACUUCCUAUGAGAGAGCUUCAGGUCAAGCUAUUAACCUUGAUAAGUCAAUGCUUUCAGUUAGCCGAUUUGUGCCACAAAAUUGUUUCCAUGAGCUUUGUCAGCUUUUAAGAGUAAAGGCAGUGGAAAGUUUUGAUAAGUAUUUGGGUUUGCCGACAAUCAUUGGAAAGUCCAAGACUCAAAUAUUUAACUUUGUUAAGGAAAGAGUUUGGAAGAAGCUUAAGGGGUGGAAUGAGAAAUCCUUAUCUCGAGCGGGUAGAGAGGUUCUUGUCAAAGCUGUGGCGCAAUCAAUAUUGACCUAUGUUAUGUCUUGCUUUGUUCUUCCUGAUGGCCUCUGUGAUCAGAUUGAGGGUAUGAUAAGUAAGUUCUAUUGGGGUGGAGAUAGGAUAAAUACUUUUCCUGACUCUCUUUUCAGUCGUGUGUUUAAGUCGGUUUACUUCCCAAGUAGUAAUCUUUUGGGGGUAAGAAAAGGUUAUAAGCCUAGUUAUGCUUGGUCAAGCAUUUGGAAAUCGCGUUGGGUCUUUGAAAGAGGCGGAAGAUGGCGAAUAGGGGAUGGUAGGUCUGUGGAUAUUGUGAGGGAUGCUUGGCUCCCUAAUGGUUCUCCUUUGGUGUAUCGCCAGGAUCUAAUUGACGAGUUAAAUUUAAAAUUUGUGGCUGAUUUGCUGGACCAUGGGAGGUGGAGGCUGAAUACUCAGGAGGAAGCAUCGUCUUCAAGAGCUUCUGCUCUACCAGCUUCGGUUUGGAAGCUUAUUUGGAAAUCAUGUGCGUUACCUCGUUGUAAAGCGGUUGUGUGGAGGGCUGUUUCGGGUUUCAUGCCUGUUCGAACCGAGCUUCGUAAGAGAGGUUUAGAUAUGGAUCCAUUAUGCCCAUGGUGUGGGAUUGAGGAGGAAUCAAUUCCUCAUGUAUUGCUCGAGUGCUUCUGUAUUAGGAGGGUUUGGUUUGCUGUUUUGGGUGUUCAUGUGACCGAGGCAACAUCUUUUCAUGCAUCGGUGUUGCAAAUAUUGGAGGGGGUGGGGGCUGAGAUGGUGGCCAGGUUCUUCCCGACAGUGUAUGCUAUUUGGGAGGCCAGAAACGCCUGCGUUUUUGAGGAUAGGGAGCUGUCCAUUGGUGCGAUUAUGGACCGUGUGCGUGCAUUGGAGGCGCUGCCACGUCCAACGGUUUUUCCACGUUCGUCCAUGCACACCGGGGUUGCUACAUGGAGCCGGCCAGCAACUGGGGGGAUUAAGGUGAAUUUCGACGCUUCCGUUCGACGUUCCAUGGCGGGGUUUGGUAUGGUGGCGCGGGAUGAGGAGGGUCAGAUCCUUGCAGCAGCGACUUUAGCUCCUGUGAUGAUGCAAUCAGCAGGUUUUGCAGAGGCACUUUGUCUGAGAUGGGUGAUGAGUCUUGCACUAGAGCUUGGUUUCUUCAAUGUCUGUUUUGAGACGAAUUCUCUUCAGCUUUUCCAGUGGUGGAGGCGCCGCAGCAGAGGAUGCUCUUAUCUAGAUUUAAUUAUUUAUGAUUGUCGUUCUUUAGUUUCAUUUUUUACUCGUAUGGAUCUUUUGUUUGUUCGUCGUUCCGGCAAUACUGCCGCUGACUUUUUAGCCCGGGGAGCCUCCUCUUUUGCUGUUUGGAUAGAGGAAGACCCUCUUGGUCUUGACACUUUUGUUGCUUCUGAUGCUUUGGCUUCUAUGCCGACUUGA